UCAAACGGCUAGUUUGUCGCUCUUCCUCCCCUCUCCCCAUUCAAAUUUCAAUUCUUUUUCUCACUCUCUCCUCCCCUCACCUGUCCUCGCUCGCGCUAAUGGCCGCCAACGCUCUCACCACCAGCACCCCCAUCAAGACUCCGAACCCAAAAUCCCACUCCGCGGCCGCAAGGAGAGUUGCGCAGCCGAGCCACAGUGCCAACGCAGAUUCUUCGGCCGCAUCGGCCGAUUUCAAGUCCAGGUUUGAAGCCUACAACCGACUUCAGGCUGCAGCCUUCGCUUUCGGGGAGAAGCUUCCGAUCCCGGAGAUUGUUGCUGUUGGUGGCCAAUCCGAUGGAAAGAGCUCGCUUCUCGAGGCUUUACUGGGCUUCCGUUUUAACGUCCGUGAGGUCGAGAUGGGUACGCGCCGCCCUCUCGUCCUCCAGAUGGUCCAUGACCCCACGUCCCUCGAGCCCAGAUGCCGCUUCCAGGAUGAAGACUCAGAGGAGUACGGAUGUCCAGUGGUUUUGGGUACUGCAAUUGCCGACCUAAUCCGAUCCCGCACUGAGGCGCAUCUAAAGAAGAUUGGAGCUGCAGUUUCCUCGAAGCCAAUCGUCAUGAGAGCUGAGUAUGCCCACUGCCCCAAUCUCACCAUCAUCGACACUCCUGGUUUUGUUCUCAAGGCGAAGAAAGGUGAGCCAGAAAAUACACCUACUGAGAUUUUAUCAAUGGUGAAGUCUUUAGCCAGUCCUCCACACCGCCUUCUCCUGUUCCUGCAACAGAGCAGUGUUGAAUGGUGCUCUUCUCUCUGGUUAGAUUCUAUCAAGGAAAUUGAUCCCACUUUCAAAAGAACCAUAAUUGUUGUCUCCAAGUUUGACAACCGCCUGAAGGAGUUUACUGAGAGCUGGGAAGUUGAUCGCUACCUGAGUGCUAGUGGUUAUCUUGGAGAUAACACCCACCCAUUUUUUGUUGCACUUCCUAAGGAUAGGGGUAUGGUCACUAAUGAGGAGUUCCGUAGGCAAAUUUCUCAGGUGGACCUUGAUGUCUUGCACCAUCUGCGUCAGAAUGUAAAAGGAGGAUUCAAUGAAGAGAAGUUUGAACCAUUUAUUGGUUUUGGUUGUCUCAGAAAAUUUCUGGAAUGCGAACUCCAGAAGAGGUACAAAGAAGCUGCUCCAGCAACACUGGCAUUACUAGAGCAGCGUUGCAGUGAAGUCUCUCUUGAGUUAGGUCGAAUAGAGUACAAGUUACAGGCCACUUCUGAUAUCUCCCACCUUCGAAAGUCUGCAAUGCUUCAUGCAGCUUCUAUCUGCACUCAUGUGGGUGCAUUGAUAGAUGGUGCUGCAGAUCCAGCUCCCGAGCAGUGGGGAAAAUCAACUGUUGAAGAACAGCAAGAGAGUGGUUUUGGGAGCUGGCCAGGUGUCAUUGCAGUUGUGAAGCCUCCAAAUUCUAACCUUAGAUUAUAUGGUGGUGCAGCAUUUGAGAGAGUAAUGCAUGAGUUUCGCUGUGCUACAUACUCGAUUGAAUGCCCACCGGUCUCGAGGGAGAAGGUGGCAAAUAUUUUACUUGCCCAUGCUGGCAGAGGCGGUGGUGGUGGAAUAGUAGAGGCAGCUGCUGAGAUAGCACGCGCCGCUGCACGAGCAUGGUUUGCUCCUAUUCUGGAUACUGCCUGCGAGCGGCUUGCUUUUGUUUUGAGGAGCCUCUUUGAUUUGGCGGUGGAGCGAAACCGCAGCCAUGACUUUGACUAUUGGCAAAAAAAUGGAGAUAUGGAUGGUUAUAUUGGAUUUCACGCUGCUUUAAGACGCUCUUACAAUAGCUUUGUUAAUGGUCUCUCUAAGCAUUGCAAGCAGCUAGUGCGACAUCACCUUGAUUCUGUAACUAGCCCAUACUCUCAAGUGUGCUAUGAACCCGACUUCCUAGGUGGGAUUGGCUCUGGUUCAAAUUCAUAUCCUAGAUCCAACCAGAUUCAAAGCAUCUCAUACUUCCUUGAUCUGUCAGAAUCAACAGGUGCACAAGAACAGAUGGACCAGGAAAAUGUACCACCUAAAGAUCAACAGAACACAACACCUGGAAAAAAAAUGGAGUCUAGAGAGGCACUAAAAGAGAGUCAAAUGACAAUUCCUGAGACACCUUCACCAGAUCUGCCAGUUGAUGCCGUUUUAGGGGUUAGGAAGAAGGAAAAUGGGAAUUGUUUGGAUAUCGGUGGAAGAAAACGCCAAGCAAGAACUGUUACCAAUGGAAGGAUUUCAGAUGCUACCAGAAACCAGAAUUCUAGCUUUGUGUUCGGUGAUAUAGCUAAAUCAGGCUCUUCAUAUACUGAUAUUUGCUCUCUAGCAGCUCAACACUUUGCACGAAUUCGUGAGGUUCUCAUUGAGAGAAGUGUUUCCUCUGCCUUAAAUUCUGGUUUCCUCACUCCAUGUCGAGAACGGUUGAUAGUGGCGCUUGGUUUGGAGCUAUUUGCUGUGACAGAUGAAAAUUUUAUGGACAUGUUUGUAGCACCUGGCGCCAUUGAUGUCCUUCAAAAUGAACGGCAAUCCCUUCAAAAGAGGGAAAAGAUCUUACAAUCUUGCUUGAACGAGUUCAAGAACAUAGCUCGGGCUUUAUGAUGGUGACCAGAUUCUUUCCCUCAAGUUGCAAAUCGGUCAUUUCAAUGUAUAGGCACCUGGUAAGCAAUUGAAUAUGGCCUAGCAUAUUCUCCAUCUGAGCAUUCUAUGGAUAUUCUUUGUCCAUUUUGUUUUAAGAUGUCCUCACCUUCCUGUUACU